GGGCAGAAGUCAAUCUGGGCAGUCUAUAUGCGAGUAUCAAAUAAAUAAUUAAAUAUAUUACAAAACUAUAAAUCAAAAUUAAAAUUAGUAAUAAUUUGUUGAUCAAAACUGAAAGCCCAUCACUAAAAGCACUAAUAAAAUGGUCGCAAAGCUGUUGAUUGUUGUCUCACUGAUAGCGGGCCUAACGGCCCAAACGCUGGCCUUAUCGUUGCGCCAGAGAGUGAAGCGCGAUUCCGCGGACGACGACUUGGGCAUAUCUGGCAUACCCGAGCAUAUACAGAUGGGUUCGCAACAAGACUCGCAGUCCAAUCAGGAACAGUCGGCCGGCAAAAAGGGCGCCGCCGUUCAGCAAAACCAACUGAGUCAACAGCAAUUGGCGGCCGCGUUCGGCGGCAAACACUAUCUGCUACAACAACAGCUAGCGAUGGGUCAACAGAUGGCCAAAUUGGGCACUAAAGUGGCCGCACAACAGGUGACCGACACCCAGAAGCAGGCGGUGGCCAACGGUGUGGUGGAGAAGAGCGCCCACUCGGCCACCAAUGAGGAAGUGGGCACUGCUCGCAACGCCGCUGACCCCAAAAGCGAUCUCGAAGAGGUGGGUCAAUCCGAAUAG